UUCAUAUUCAGAUUUUCAUCAGGCAUGUGGAGUUUUUAUGUUUGAAAAACAUAUCUUAUUACGGUAAUAGAUUUUAAAAAGAAUGGCGACACCAACAGAUAAAAACUAUACUAUUUGCAGUGUUUGCAAAAAUGAAGUGCUUCCUGAAAUGUGGCAGAUUUGUUUGGUAUGCGAGGAUUAUGAUAUUUGUAGAAAUUGUUUCCUGAAUAAAAGAUACAGCGAGCAUCACAGGUUUUACCAUCCCAUUCAAUUGAUUCCCUCCUCGAUUGAUCUCAAGGACAUGAACUAUCUCAGUUGUCCAUACUGUUGCGAUAGUACAUUCAACGUUGUUGAACUAGCUAAACAUUGUCAACAGUUUCAUGUCGAGGGUGGUCAUAAAGUGCGAUGCCCUAUUUGCGUUGUGAGGCGUACAUUAAACCAUCAAGACCUAUUCGAAGUUCCAUUGCUCGAGCAUCUUAUGAGCGAUCACGAAGAAAUUUUCGUUGAGACGCCCUUCGACGACGAAUGCCCAAUUUGUUUGGAUAGAUUGACGUCAGAUCUAUUUACGUUACGUUGUGGCCAUGUAUUUCAUAAUGAUUGUAUAAGGAUUUGGUUACAGCACGUUAACACUUGUCCUAUGUGUCGCGCAACUUAUUAGU